UGAAAGCAUGGGUGAUUGAGGUUCAACAAAAAAGUGAUUUUUUUUAAUCACUUAAGAAACAUGUUUUGAGCCUCAUCACAUCUCACCCUUUGUCUUGUCACCUUUGAGGAUACAAGGAAGACUUUAUCACUUAGGACCCUCCAGGUGCCUGUUCCAGCCAUUGCAUGACUGCACAACCCUGACGCAUCUGCAGAGGACAAGACUGCGGCAAUGGAAAGUAUCUCAAAUGAAAGUGACUUUUGGCAAUUCAACGAAUCUUGGAAGAACUCAAGUCUCCAUAACGGUACCGGUGGUUUGAAUCAGACGAAUCCUUUGAAGCGGAAUGAGGAGGUGGCGAAGGUGGAGGUGACUGUGCUCGCCUUGGUGCUGUUUCUGGCGCUGGCGGGGAACCUGUGCGUCCUGCUGGCCAUCCACACCACCAAACACAGCCAGUCACGUAUGUAUUACUUCAUGAAGCACCUGAGCAUCGCCGAUCUAGUUGUAGCGAUAUUUCAAGUUCUGCCUCAACUUAUCUGGGACAUCACAUUUCGGUUCUAUGGACCGGACAUUUUGUGCAGAUUGGUGAAAUACCUACAGGUCGUUGGGAUGUUCGCUUCCACUUACAUGUUAGUUCUGAUGUCUGUAGACAGGUGUUUGGCAAUCUGUCAGCCCCUUCGUUCUUUGCACAGGAGAAAAGACCGUUUCUAUGUUAUAUUUUCCUGGGUCCUGAGCCUGCUCUUCAGUAUCCCGCAGAUGUUCAUCUUUUCCCUGAGAGAGGUUGGCUCGGUCGGAUCAGGAGUGUAUGACUGCUGGGGCGACUUCGUGAAGCCUUGGGGAGCCAAAGCUUAUAUCACAUGGAUCAGCCUCACCAUAUAUAUCAUUCCCGUGGCCAUACUGAGCAUUUGCUAUGGUUUGAUAAGCUUCAAAAUAUGGCAAAACUUUAAACUGAAAACUAGGCGGGAGCAGUGUAUAAGCCUGACGCCCAAAACCUCCAAAGGCAACACACUGGCCCGUGUGAGCAGCGUUAAGCUCAUCUCCAAGGCGAAGAUAACCACAGUGAAAAUGACUUUUGUAAUCGUCGUGGCUUAUAUCGUCUGCUGGACCCCAUUUUUCUCUGUCCAGAUGUGGUCUGCGUGGGAUCCAGCAGCGCCUCGUGAGGCCAUGCCCUUCAUCAUCUCCAUGCUGCUGGCCAGCCUCAACAGCUGCUGUAACCCCUGGAUCUACAUGUGCUUCGCAGGACAUCUGUUCCAGGAUCUAAGGCAGAACUUUCUGUGCUGUUCUACUCGCUACCUCAAGUCAUCCCAGUGCCGCUGUGAGCAUGACUUUGACUCAAGUCACAAGAGCAACUCCUCAACUUUUGCUAUUAAGAGCACUAGUAGUCAGAGAAGCAUCACACAGACUUCAACCACAUAAGCACUUGCCCUCCCUUCCCUCUCUCAUGCCCCUGCCACAUGCGGUUGCCCACAAAAUAUCCAACAGUUCGACUCCUUCAGAUACCUCUUGCCGUGAGGCUUGCUGUUCAAGCAGAAGGGGCAUAACAACAGAAGUCUUAAUUCUUUUAUUUGCAGUAAUUUACAGUAUAAAGUGUAAAUGGAAUUGUGAAAUUGAAAAAUGUUGUACAGACUAUAACUGACGGGCGAUAUUUUGUUAAUAAAAGCUUACAAGAUAAUCAUGGACCAAGCUGAGCAAUCCAUAGAGUUUUUUUGUUUGUUUGUUUUUUAUAUGUUUCUCACUUUAGAUGUACAGUAUUUACAUAUUUACAGGGCAGAGAAAGUUAGAAAAAAAAAAGAAAAACAUGCUUCAAUGAUGUUUUAAGGCCUGUAAACACUGGCCAGCUAAACUAGUGAUUCAGUCGUUGUCACCAGCAAAGCUUACAGAUUCUGUUUGUCUGUGUUAGGAUGAAACUGCUCACCUGUAAUAAACAUUGUGUACCAUGUUCACUUAUUUGAAAUGGAUUGCAUACACGUAAACUGUUACUUGAGCUUUCGUUUGAUGUGAGAUGUUAUGGCUGUCACUGGUAAAGAUUUCUAAAAAGUUAAAAAAUAAAUAAAUUAAGAGUGAA